GCAGCAGCAGCAGGUUAGCCGUUUAAACCACAGCAGCUAGCUUAGCAAGCAGAGCCACAGAGCCGCGGCAGUGCCGAGAAGAUGCCCACUCUUUUAACUUUUUAACACAUUUUUCCACCCCCAGCGGUUUUAAAGCCAGAGGAUACUGGUAUGGUUUCGGAGGAUGGAAACGGACGACGUGUCGGUUAGAGAGCAACUUUUCCACAACCGCGUCCGGGAGACGAUAAUCUGUGUACUCCUGUUUACAUGCCUUUACAUGGUGUCCUACCUCAUCCUCACACACUUCAAGAAGACUGCUGAGUUUGUCACAGAUGAUAUUGAAGAUGCCACCGUCAACAAAAUUGCGUUGUGGUUGUGUACAUUCACCCUGUCUGUUGCGGUGUGUGCUGUGCUCCUUCUCCCCAUCUCAAUUCUGUCCAAUGAGGUGCUGCUCACCUUCCCACACAGCUACUACAUGCAGUGGCUCAAUGGAUCUCUUAUCCACGGCUUGUGGAACCUAGUUUUUCUUUUCUCCAAUUUGUCCCUGGUCUUUCUCAUGCCCUUUGCCUAUUUCUUCACGGAGUCUGAGGGAUUUGCUGGGUCCAAAAAGGGUGUAAUGGCACGAGUGUAUGAAGCUGUUGUGUUGCUGUUGUUGCUGGCUCUGCUUGUGCUGGGCAUUGUGUGGGUGGCAUCAGCUCUCCUCCAUGACAACAUAGCCCGGAAGAGCCUCUAUGACCUGUGGGAGUAUUACCUUCCUUACCUGUACUCAGGCAUCUCUCUGUUUGGAGUGCUGCUGCUUUUGUUGUGCACUCCCUUUGGGUUGUCCCGAAUGUUCAGUGUAACAGGCAGCCUGCUGGUCAAACCACGGCUGCUGGAAGAUGUAGAAGAUACACUGUGCUGCACUGUAUUCGAGGAAGACUCACUCUCCAGGAAACUCAACUGUGGCAGUACGUCAUGCUGGGUCAAGCUGGACAUGGAGGCUAUGAAAAAAGAUUACCAAGCUGUCCGCAGCAAGCGUGUCGCUCUGGAGAUGCGUAGGAAGGCGUCCCCAUGGCAGCGAAACCUGGGCUACCCACUGGCAAUGCUUAUGCUCCUCGCGCUUACGGUGAUGUGUGUACUGAUGGUGUGUUUCAACGUGUUGGAGUUGCUGCUGGAUGAGACGGCGAUGCCCAGAGGAAUGGAGGAUCCACACCUGGGGAUGGCCUCCUUCUCUAUGUUCGGCUCACUGGGUGCUGCAGUUCAAGUCGUCCUUAUCCUCUACCUAAUGGUGGCGUCAGUGGUGGGUUUCUAUAGUUCUCCUCUCUUCACUGGCCUCAUGCCUCGUGCACGAGACACCAACCUCACACAGAUGAUUGCAAACUGUGUUUCACUGCUCAUCCUGAGCUCUGCACUGCCAGUCUUUUCACGCACACUUGGUAUCACCCGCUUCGAUCUACUGGGAGACUUUGGUCGGUAUAACUGGCUCGGGAACUUCUACAUUGUCUUUCUGUACAACAUGCUGUUUGCUGGUCUCACCUCAGCCUCCCUGAUAAAGACAGUCACCUGGGCAGUACAGAGAGAGCUCAUCCGUGCCUUUGGUCUGCACAGACUGCCUUUAACUGUGUCACGCUCCACCGUCCCCUUCAGACUCCUCCUGGCCAGUGGACUGUCUAAAAUCCAGUGAUUUAUUUUUUUUCCCCUCCUCACCACUGCCAUUCCUGGCCUUUAUAAACUGAGCCACCUUAAAUGUGCACCUGUCGGAUUAAAGACAUUUCCAAUUCAGUCCCUUUGCCAGUUGGUACAUGGGUCAGGUCGCCCCGUGUGAAGAGAUCUGAGGAGAGUCCGUCUGCACUGUGUCCAGUGGGACCACUGCUUGAUGCUGUGUUUAAUGACCAAUAUAUCAGGGUCCAAGUUUGUGCCGCUAUGUGACUGCAAAGGCGAGUGCUGGUACAAGCGGUUAGCUGAGUCAUGGGUAUGACUGGAACAAGGGGAAAAGGGAUUUAAGCCAUAUUGGCAGUUCUGCCAUUGUGAACAAUAACAGAGCAAUCUCCCUGCAAACCUGACGCCUUAUACAAAGAGGAUUCUUGGGUAACUGUUGCUCUGUUGACACAUGUAAAAGUCAGCAGAGUUAUUUUGAAAUAUCACAUUGUAACUGUGACUUAACUUCCUCUUCCUCCUUCAGGUCGAUAGAGUGCUCUCUCUUUCUUUGUGGCUUCCCCACGCUUUCCUCUUAGCUGUACCACUAUUUUAAGAUUGGGAAUCUUCUACUUCCGUGUGUUUGGAGGUCCAGUCUGCACCAGUGUUAUGUUAGUUAAAAAGGGGAAGUUGUUAUUGGGAGCAAAUGAGACACAGAGAAGCCAUUGUGGCUAUCUGUGGAUUUGCAGGUUACACAGGGAAUAUAAGUUAGAAAUAACAGUCUCAGUGUUGAAACCCUUUUACAAACUCAGUUUACUAGUAGAAUUGUCUGUGGUUUACUUUUUUAGACGACAGUAAGCUUGCUCAGUGUGAGGACUACUUAUUUACAGAAUCAAAAAAUAGAAAGCUUUACACUUUUUAUGCAAGACCUUUGAAUGCCAUGUGACACUCACUCGGAGGAGCUUCUGCCUUACACCAAUCAAACUGUGAAUCAUUAAGAAUUUGUGUGGGGAAAGUGCAAUAUCUUAAAAGUAAAAGCACACUUUUUUAACUUUACCAAAAGUCAUUUUUGAAUUUUCCAUAUCUUUUCUAUUAAUUUUCCUGACAAGUUUUUUUUUUUUCUUUCCAUCUCAUUCUUUUGUGUUGGACAUGAGGGUGAAUACUUUGAACAAUUUCAGAAUAUUUAGACAUUAAAAAAAAGUGACUGUCAGGCCUUGCAGUCUUAACCAGUAUCCGUUUCUACAUGUAAUUAUCUUAUCACACAGUUUUGUGAUGGUGAUCCUGUGUCACCAUUUGCUUUUGCUGCUGUAUCAGCAGGUUAUUUACUGUUGGUUUGACCAGCAGGGGACAGUAUCUCUCUCUCUCUCUUUCUUUCUGUCUCUCUCUCUCUCUCUCUCUCUCUCUCUCUCUCUCUCUGUGGUUAGUUAUUAUAUGUAUUAUAUAUGGAGCACCCUGAGGUUUACUCAUUUCUGGGAAUGUUCUUUUAGAUGUUUGAAACAUUUAUUUGCAUUUAUAUCAUUAUUUAUGGGCAUUGUGGGAUCCAUACUUCACAUUUUGAUUCAGUACUCAUAGAACCUUUGAACAGUUAAACGUGUUGAAUGUGAUAUAUCUGUGACAAAAAAAAAUCUUUAUAGUUGUUCUCAGAGA